AUGCUAGCAUCAUUACUUUCUAUUAGAGCAACACGUGAAGUUAAAACAACAUCCUACUUCCAAGGAAUCAUUUCCUUUGGUUUUAAAGAGAAUGCAACAUAUAGUGUUAAUGUAUCAACAAAUGCUACUAAAUUGAUCGUAGGAUGGAUGUCAAAAUCAGAAUGGAAGAAUGCCACAGCAAUGCGGAUCAAUACAAGCGCAAAUAAUUUCGUCGAAAAUUAUAAUUUAUCUAAAAUUUAUCAAAUUCAAUCUUUUGACAACACAAAUCCAUAUUUACUCUUAGCUGGCAACAUCUCUGUUAAAGAUGCAUACUAUCUUUACGUAUUUGCGUUCGAUGAUAAAUACAAUUUUGUAAAAAUUGAAUAUAACCUCACAAAUCCGAACGGCUUGCUUGAUUUCAGAUACGAAAACCUUCUUAUAACAGCUCCAGUAAUGGCGGCAAUUUCUGGAAUUCUUCUUGCAUUUUGGCUAAUUAAUUGGCUUAGAAACUUUAAUGUUCAAAUUUAUAUACAUUACGUCUUUACAGCUGUCUUCAUUUUAACAUUUGCCAAUAAUGUAGCAUAUGUAAUAUCCGUUGCUCGUAAUAAUGUUUCAGAAACAAACAUAUUCCCAUUUAUUAUCUUAUUCUUCUCUCAUGCGUUCAAAGAAAUCAUCUUCUCCUUUGCAAUCGUACUUGCUGCAUCAGGAUGGUGCAUUCUUGUGGAUAGUAUCAAGAUUUACGAGUUAAUUAUUUGCAUUGUACUUUCUUCAGCUUAUAUCGGUGCCAAACUUGUUCAAGAGUAUUGCAACUUCGAAGGGGUUGCACGCAUAAUUACAGAUGUCAUCUUCUUCAUUUCUCUUUCAGCUUAUUCGAUUAAAUUAAUUAUUUACACACAACAAGCAAGUUUAAUGAUCUGGGCCCACAUGAUUGCCAUCAGAAAUGCAGGUAUCGAUCCAACAACAACACCAGUUCAAAAGAAACACGCAAUGUACAUUUCAUUUGAAAUUGCCCUCAUUGUUUACACAAUUUCCAUACUUGUUAAGUUCUGUGUUGUCGAGUUUGGCCCUGUUGGAUGGCUUAACACCUUCGUGGACCAAGCUUUGGACCAAGUAAUUUCAUUUAUGCUCGCAUGGAUCUUUAGAAUCAGAGAUAGAGAGAAUAAUGGAUACAGCGCUAUAGAGGAGAGCAUGGAGCACGUCGAUGAUAUGCAACUCUCCGAAAUUGAGGCUGCAACAAAUAAUGAAGCCGAUCUUCACAAUGGUAUCGAGUGGAGACCAGGCAUGCAGCUUCCAGGCCGUCCAAACAUCAUAACACAGCCAUCUCAACAACAAAUUACUUUAGAAUCUCCGGAUGGAGAGCAAAACUUGACUGCAACUAACAUUACUUCAGAGAAUACUACAGUGUGA